UUGACGGCCUGCUGCCAGUCCACUUGGCCGUCCCCGUCACGCCUCUGCGGGUCUGCGGCCUCGCUGUCGUCCUUUUCCUCGAACUGCUGAGCCGCCGACUUGGACACCUUCUCGCCCGCUUUCCUCUUCCAGCCAAAGGACGCCAUGUUGCUGGGGCUAUUUGUAAGGUAAAAGGCAACUGACAGCUGUGAUUCUGGGAUUUAAAAAAACCGCAGAGACCAUGGGAAAAAGAUACUACUGCGACUACUGUGAGCGUUCCUUCCAGGACAACAUGCACAACAGGAAAAAGCAUCUUUUUGGCGUGCAGCACCAAAGAGCUAAAAAGGCCUGGUUCGACCAUUUCAGAGGCUAUGAAGAUAUUUUAAAAGACGAACAGGCAAAGAAACCCUGCAGGAAGUUCCUCCAAAGAGGCAUUUGCGAUUUUGGCCCCAGCUGCAGGUUUUCUCACAUGUCCGAGGCAGAGAUGUUCAAUUUGCGAAGGAAGAUGCAAGAUGAGAGACGGCGCUUGGAGGGCUGGGAGGACCCGAGCGAGGCCGAGCCCAGCCUGGAUGUGUGGUUGUCCACCAGGGAGAAGAGGAGAAGCGGCCGGGCCAGCAAAGGUGUGCAAGACGAGCGGGAGGAGGACCUGACGCAGAGUGACAUUCCGCCGCAGAUCUUCUCCAUUCCGGACCUGCCACCCUCACUGGUGCCGCCUCCUCCAGGUGGCUGGAAAAUGGACAGCAAUGCGAAAUGGGGAUGAUUGAUUGGAUUAUUGAGUUGACAAUAUUAGCUGGAUCAAAAUCGUGCAUUUAAAUUUUCUUUUUUUUUUUUACAUUUUACAACAUUAAAAAAUACUCAAUCUGCUGAUUUUUGUCAAUAUUUCUAUAUAUUGUAAAGUUACACAACGUGCUCCAAUGUGAUCUGCUUGGUAAAGGCGAGACAUUCAGUACAAUUAAUUUUUUCUUUGUGCUGAUUGGGCGAAGUGCGACUUGUACACGCCUACCAAACUUCUUUUGACCAAUCAAGGCAACGGAUAAAAUUGUCAUCACAGUG